AUGCCUUCCGAACGCCCGAACAUUAUCUUCAUCCUAGCCGAUGACCAUGCUUCGAAGGCGAUCAGUGCUUAUGGUGCGGGUAUCAACCACACGCCAAACAUUGAUCGCCUGGCGGAGGAGGGCAUGAAGUUCAACCACUGCUACGUGACCAACUCCAUCUGCACGCCCUCCCGCGCUGCAAUUCUGACAGGAACGCACAACCAUGUCAACGGAGUGAUGACUCUCCAUAGCAAGAUCAACAAACAUUUACCCAACGUUGCGAAAGCGUUGCGAUCCGGAGGAUAUACGACCGCCAUGGUUGGCAAAUGGCAUCUUGGCGAAGGCCCUCUCCACGAACCGUCCGGUUUCGACUACUGGUCUGUUCUUCCAGGCCAGGGAGACUACUGGGAUCCGAAGUUCACGGACAAGUCAGGCACGCACGCUGUGGAUGGAUACGCCACGGACAUCAUUACAGACAAGUCCCUGAAUUGGAUUGACUCGGUCCUGGAGCAGCAAUCAGUGACUCGUGAGAGGCAGCCUUUCUUCCUCAUGUGCCACCACAAGGCCCCUCACCGCUCCUGGGAAUGCCACGAUCGUCACAAAACCAUGUACACCGACCCAAUCCGCGUCCCGGAGACAUUUGGAGAUGAUUAUCGGAACCGCGCCAAGGCAGCCAAAGCGGCCAAGAUGAGGGUGGCCGAAGAUCUGACGUACCAGGAUCUAGGACUGGUCCAACCGGAUGGAGGGGACAGUGUUGGUGAGCGUGUCCAGCAGGAGGGGAGCGACGCGCAGCGAAAGGUCCCCGCUCCGGCCGACGUGACCUCUCUGCGCCUCAUCGACAAAGACACCGGAGAGGUUUUCACCUUCGCAAAUCCCGGCGAGCUGGCAGCCUUCAAGUUCCAGCGAUACAUGCAGCGGUACCUACGAACCAUUCAGGCGAUUGAUGACAGUGUGGGCAAGAUGCUCUCGUAUCUAGACGAGAAAGGCCUUGCAGAGAAUACAGUUGUCAUCUAUUCGUCCGAUCAGGGCUUCUUCCUGGGCGAGCAUGGCUGGUUCGACAAGCGAUUCAUGUACGAGGAGAGCUUCCAGAUGCCCUUUCUCAUCCGCCACCCGGCGGUCAUCGCGCCAGGUACUGAAUGCAACAAUAUCGUGUGUAACGUUGACUUCGCACCCACUUUUCUCGACCUGGCGGGACUCCGUUCACCAUCGUACAUGCAAGGUGUGUCGUUCCUCCCUCUGCUGCAGGAGCGAGGAGCGGCUCCGGUCGGCUGGCAGCAAGUCGCAUACCACCGAUACUGGAUGAACAAUGACGAGAUCCAUAACGCCCUCGCGCACUACGGCGUGCGAAGCCAGAGAUACAAGCUGAUAUACUGGUAUAAUGAAGACUUGGGAGUUGAGGGUGCUCGCCCUGGAGGGACUGUUACUGAGAAGGAGUGGGAGUUGUUUGACUGUCAUGAAGAUCCACUGGAGCUGUUCAACAUGUAUUCAGACCCGGCUUAUCAGGGUGUGGUCCGGGACAUGACCAAGCUCCUGGAGGAGAAGAUGGAAGAGAUUGGUGACGAGACGGUACACCCCAGGUAUGGGCGGCCGAAAUUGUAG